AAGACGGCCAAAAAUCAAGAAAAUGAAAACCUAAAGGCAAUUGAAAUGCAUAGUUUGCUAAGCCAUCAGCAAGACGGUUAACCUCUCUAAGCACGUGUGAAUACGGACUAUCCAGUCCCUUGAUAUGAAGCCAUGGUACACCCACACCAGGAACGACAGCGGGUGAGUCUCACUAAUCCCUGCCCGUAAAAAACCCACCACCAUCUCACUAUCAACCUCCAAGUCCAAUUGUGUUACUUGCUUAUCCCAAACUACACACAGACCGCCCCCACAACUUUUGAAAGUAACUGUUGUUCCAUUAAAUAUAUGAUAGCUUUAUUUUUCUAUAGAUAUAUACAGAGAAAGUACUUCUUCUAUUUCAAAAAAUGCAAUCUUUUGUUAAUUUAUUUCGCUGAGACAACGGCAGCAUUGGAGAAGAUUCCUUGUUUUCAUAUUUGAUAGCCCAUUUUCACAAACCAAACAAAAAGGUUGUCAAACUUUUUUCAAGCACUUGAGCAUCGUCACUCGAAGAAGUACAAUGCUUCAAGCUACCGGAACAACAGCACCAACUCUACCUGUAGUGUUUCCCUGUUUUUGGAGUCGACCGGUUGUCCUACCUCUCCGGAAUGCAAAGACCUUUAAACCUGUCGCAUGUCUCAAACUGAAAGGUGGCAAAGGGUCAACACAAGUUUAUGGACAAUAUUGGUAUCAACCAGGGCCGGCGAUAGGGAGGUUCAACUGUGAUGAAGUAUCCCGUUCUGGUGAAGCUUUGGCCAUUUCUGAGUUGUCAAUCAAGUUUCUUGCACCUUUACAUAGUGGAUGCAAGUUUGUGGUGAAAACAAGGAUGUCAGGGACAUCUUUGGCGCACAUUUACUUUGAACAGUUUAUCUUUAAACUUCCAAACCAAGAGGUUAUAUUGGUGCUAUCAUCAAGCCUUUGUGUUGGUUUUUUACUGAUGUUCUGAUUUGGAUUCAUUUUGUAUAUCAUUAACGAAACAGCCUAUUUUGGAGGCAAAAGGAAUGGCUGCGUGGCUUGACAAUAAGUACCGUCCAGUUCGUGUCCCAUCUUACACACGCUCUAAUUUCGGAUAGUGCUCUUCAAAUAUUUGGAAUUGUAGUCGAUUUGCCAUGGUAUUGAUUUCAAUUUGAU